AUGGGCAUCGAAGCAGACCAUAUCUCAAUUUGCAAAUUCGCCAGCAUUACCGCGCUAGGUUUCGAAGUGAUCGCAGAAGCUCUGCACCGGUACGCUCACGAUGCCCCUAAGGUCAUAGAGCAGCGUUGGCGUGAAGAGGAAUUAACUCGGCAACUGAAGAAGGCGAGAAAGCUGAACACGCUUCUAAUCAAGGAGCGGACUUUGGCUCGGGCUAUCUGGUGGGGGGUACUAUGCGAGGUAACCCCCCCAGAAACUAAAGUAAUCACUAUGCUUAUGAAAUUGAGAAACUCUCGGAAUAUUAGUCUGCCGACAGCCAAACUUGUUCUACCGUCGGGCGAGACUUAUCACUAA